ACCAAAGACUUGGUUCAUUAUAUAUAGACUAUAAACCUAAAUGUGGUGGAUUCAUAAUCCUCAACCUCAACUUAACCAACUUGUCUGAAGCAAGGGAGUCACAAGAAAACUAUUUGGUCUUAAGGAGAUUCAGAUAUCUUGAUAUGAUGAAUAAGUCAUAUACAGAGCCAUCCAUGGCUAAUAUUGAGCCGUCCAUGUCUGCAUUUGUGUUUGAUGAUCUGAAGCAGCAGAGCAUGCAGGAUGAAGGCAGACUAGAAUCAACGACGUUGGUAAGCAAUAAUUGCGUCAAUUAUAAGGGAAUGAUUGCGGAUAAACAAAGGACUGGAGGAUGGAAUGCUUCUCCAUUCAUCAUAGUUAAUGAGAUUGCGGAGAGAUUAGCAUUCUUUGCGGUUGGAGUGAGCAUGGUAGGUUAUCUAGUAAGGGAAAUGCACGAAUCAUUACCUACUGCUGCUACACAUGUUACUGAUUGGAUUGGGGCUGCCUUUGUUCUGACCAUCCUCGGAGCGUUUCUAGCAGAUGCUUACCUAGGACGGUUCUUAACCAUCAUUGUCUUCUCAUGUGUCUAUGCAGUGGGGAUGAUAUUAUUGACAAUAUCCGCAUCAAUAGACAGCUUGAGGCCAGCCUUAUGCACCGCAAGGCCUUGCAUUCCAGCAACAGACGGACAAUCAGCAUUCUUGUAUUGCUCACUGGCGCUUAUAGCCUUAGGCACGGGUGGCAUUAAGCCGUGUGUAUCCUCAUUUGGAGCAGAUCAAUUCGACGAGGCUGAUGAGAAGGAAGUUCAAAAGAAGUAUGCUUUCUUCAACUGGUUCUUCUUUGCCAUCAACAUGGGGGCACUUCUGGGUAUCACUGUGAUGGUGUAUAUACAACAGGAGAAAGGGUUUGGUUGGGGAUUUGCCGUCCCAACAGUGAUCAUGUUUUGCUCCAUACUAAUUUUGGCUGUUGGAUUUUCCAAAUACCGAUACAAGAAGCCGAUGGGGAGUCCUUUUACUAGGUUUAUUCAGGUGAUUGUGGCUUCUGUGAGAAAUCAUAUGAAAGGCGUCAGAGUAGGAAACGAAGCUGAUCUUUAUGAAGUCAGAACUCGAGAAUCUGCUAUUCUUGGUGCCGAAAAGCUUGUUCAUUCCUCACAAUAUAGAUUUUUGGACAAAGCAGCUGUUAUAUCAGACCCUGAAGCAUUCAACGCAACAAACAGAUGGAAAUUGUGCACUGUGACACAAGUCGAAGAAUUCAAAUGCUUCCUUAGAGUAUUACCCAUAUGGGCGUCAACAAUUGCUCUCUCCAUUUCCUUCGCGCAGCUCUCCACAUUCUUCCUCAGCCAAGCUUCUAUCAUGGACCGCAAGCUAGGCUCAAGCUUCGUGAUCCCCUCAGGCUCCGUACCUGUUUUCUCUGCCAUUAACGCCAUCAUACUAGUCCCUAUCUAUGAAAAAGUCAUUGUUCCUGUUCUCCGUAAAAGAACAGGCCACCGACGUGGCCUCACCUCGCUACAACGCAUGGGCGUUGGUUUAUUCAUAUCAAUAUUUGCCCUGAUUUCUGCAGCCGUGAUAGAAAAGAACAGGCGUGACGACCCCACAGCUACCUGGAGUGUGUUCUGGCUAUUUCCCCAGUUCUUUCUAAUGGGAAGCGCUGAGGUCUUUACCUACGUUGGACAACUGGAGUUUUUCUACGACGAAGCUACGGAAGGUACUAAAAGUAUUAGCAGUGCAAUGUUCUUGAGUGAAAUCGGGAUCGGAAGCUGGUUAAGUACUGCACUUGUGAAGAUUAUUGAAGGUGCAACAGGUGGUCAGAAAGAAGGCUGGUUGAGAAAUGAUCUGAAUAAAAGCAAGUUGGAUUAUUUGUACUGGAUUUUGGCUGGAAUCAAUGUCGUCAACUUCUUCGUUUAUGUUUUCAUUGCGUGGAGGUAUAGGGGAAAAGAUGGUGCUAGUGCGAGUGGGAUGGUGAGGCAUGAGGUCAUGACGGAAAAAGCUUCUCCUGUACUAAGAAAUCCGGUGUAUAGUGGCAAAACAAAGGAUGAUGAAGUUUCUUUGACAAGUAUGGCUUUUUAAUACUUCAAUUUUUGCCAGGGUGAAUCUAUAUACAUAAUCGUGUAUCUAAGCUUAACUUUCAUGUAAUCAUUUUAUUUUUUUACUUUACGAAUUCUCAAAUUGGUAUAAGUUUAUUGUA